AUGUCACACACCUUCCGUAAGCCUGUCGGCAGCAUUCAUGCGGUGGCCCAACAAAGCCAUGUCGGCUGUUCUGCUCUUGGCUGCCGUCAUGUAGGCUUUGCGUUGGCAAAUCAGCUGACGUUGGAUGUUGACGCAAGCCCUGCGUUGAGGAUCUGCCGACGGAUGGCACUCCGUAAGCCCGCUGGUGGAAGAUAUGCCGAUGGAUGGCAAUCCGUAGGCCUGGCGUUGGAAAAUACGCCGACGACAGGCCUUGACGGUAAGCUUGCAUUGGAAGAUAAGCCAACCGCGGGCUUCCAACGCUUCCUGCUACAAGACAUCCCGUUGGGCACCAAAGUUUUUUGGUGGGGUCAGGGAGGUCGGGUCGACAAAAUUUUUUACAUUGGCUCUCAGUUGACCACAACCUGUGGUGUAGGGACUUGCAAACAAAAUUUAGGGACGGCUCUCUAG